AUGGCAUCAGGACAUAAUGACCCGAAGCUUCUCUAUGCCAUCAAUGGCAUCAAUGCAUAUCACAUCGAAAAUGGCAAAGAAGAAUCUCUCACCCCAAAUGGACCUCAAACCCUCUCUCUCCUCAUGGUCCCUACCUCUUCCCCCUUCUCCGGUCUCUCAAUCGCAGAUCCUCAAUCCCAAACCCCAGAAGAAGACUUCUAUCUUCAUCUCCAUCUACCUCCCGAGCUCGAUCUUCCUCUCCCAGCUACAACCCAAAUCUAUCACCAACCACCCAGCAGCUACCUAAUUCCACGAUGGGACUUGGGACCCGACAGUGGCGUCUUUACCAAGAUCGAAUUCCCAAUCGUAGGAGCAUCGAAGAUUAACCAAGAUGAUGUCGAUACUUUUGAAACUAUAUUGGCUCAGUGUACAGCUUUCCUAGAGCGUGCACCACCUCCACAAUCAUCUCGCCCGAAGAAAGAAAAGGCGAAAUCUACAAAGGAACCCUUGCCUGCGUAUAAUCCGUCGGAUUUUGCGCCAGGAGAAGCUUAUGUUUCGGGAAGUGCGAGUUCUCAUGCGGGUGGACAGAUUGUUUUGGUGGAUGAGGAAAAUGGUAGCGUGGUUGGUGAAUUGGGAGAAGGGUUUCAUGUGGUUGAAGAUGCAAAAAUGAAACCGGGAUCGAAAGAUCCAGUCGAAAUCACUCUUCCCCAAGAUGGCUCCCUCAACAUUGGCGUCGCCCCAGCAUCUCCUGCUUACCUCGAAAUGGCCAUGCACCCCGCCUACAAAUCCUCCAAUCUCGUCUCCACAGCUGCUAUGGCCUCCCGUCUCAUCGUAACAACCUCCAGCUAUGUUUCUAAAACCCUUACAUCUCAAGCCGACAACUAUACGACGAAAUCCGCUCCCACCACUAAACCCAUGACGUUUACUCCCACCACUCACGCUCACAUUCGCAAGGUUCAUACCUUUACCGAAGGCGCCGCUGGUCUCUCUGCAAAAACCGUAGGACAGGUAACAAAAUACGCACAAAACAUUGGUGCCACUCUCGCAAAACGUAACCAGAAAGCUCAUAAAGGAAUCGGUCCAGAUGGUAAGCCGGUGGAUAAUUACAAACCGGGCAUUCUCAAUAAAUCCAUGAUGGCUUUCUCUACUAUCGCCGAUGGCAUUGAUCAAGCGGGUCGUAAUCUCCUGGCUUCGACAUCCACAGCUGCUACUACGGUGGUGGAACAUAAGUAUGGACCGGAAGCGGGUAAUAUUUCUCGUAAUAUCGGUGGUGGGGUCAUGAAUGUGGGAUUGGUUUAUAUUGAUGCGACGGGUAGCCAUCGUGAAGAGUGUAGCGAAGGGAAUGGUGGUUGGAAAGGUGAGAGGAGGGGUGAUUUGAUUGUUGGAGGAGGUGAUGGUGGUGCGGCGAUUACGCAGGGAAGUAGUUCGCAGAGUGUGAGUGGAAGUGUGACGCCUAAUGAGAAGGGGAGGAAGAAUGGGGGAGAGGCGAUCAUGAGUGGUGGGAGUGGGAGGGUUUCGCCGGAGGUGGUGGGGUUUGGGAGAAGUGCGAGUUCGCAGAAGUUGGGGGUGGGAGAGAGUUUGAGUGGUCAGAAUGUGGGGGGGAAACGAUAG